AUGCCCACUGAAACAUCACCUCUCCUUUCAUCCCACUGCGAAAAUGGUACUUGUCCGGCCGACGGCGCAGUCCAGCAAAGUUCAGAAAGGAAGGGUCCAAAUCCCGAUGUCGCCAGAAGCGUCUGGUGGACAAUGCCUGCCCUGGCAAUCGGGAUAUUCCUCUCAGCAGCGGAUCAAACCCUUGUUGUUGCAUCGUACGGGAAGAUUGGCAACGAAUAUUUCCUCACGCUGACCGCUUUUCAGCCUCUCUACGGGAGGAUCAGCGAUCUAUUUGGGCGCAAGGCAGCGUUAUGUUUCUCCUUUGGCCUGUUCGCAGUGGGCUGCUUGUGGUGCGGCCUUGCUAGAUCAAUGAAAGAAUUGAUUAUAGCUCGCGCCUUUACAGGCAUUGGAGGAGGUGGGAUGACCACGGUAGUAGCUAUAUUGCUCUCAGAUGUGGUACCCCUUCGAGAUCGUGGUACGUGGCAGGGAUAUAACAACAUUGUGUAUGCAUCGGGAGCAGGGUUGGGAGCUCCUCUAGGCGGUGCAUUAGCCGACACCUUGGGAUGGAGAUGGUCGUUCCUUUUGCAGGUCCCUGUGAGCAUUCUUGCGUUCUUGAACGUUCUAUUUGUUCUGCGAGAACGCCCUUUGGACCACCAUUGGAGAAAAAAUAUAAAGCAGGUCGACUUUCUGGGAGCUCUUCUCUUGGUAACCGCCAUAGCGACGUUGUUUCUUGGUCUAGAUCGAGGAAGCAACGACUCCUGGGGAGAUCCGAUGGCAUACGGAAAUGUGGUCGCAUCCAUUGUCUUUUUCGGGCUAUUCCUCUUCAAUGAGGCCAAAACGACGUGUCAACCCUUUGCUCCACUGCAAAUUGUAUUUUCACGUCCCAUAUUGGCAUGCCUAUUGUGUAACUUCUUCGCGUUUGGCACGUAUAUAGCCUUGACAUACAAUCUCCCAUUGUAUUGGCAAGCCGUGGAGUCACUAUCCGCAACGGCAGCAGGAGUGCGUUUAUUGCCUGGUAUCCUUGCAAACGUUUGUGGUUCUCUCUUCGCAGGAUGGAUCAUGCGUCGAACAUGCCGCUACCGGUGGCUCACAAUUUGCUGCUACCUCAUGUUCCUGAUCGGAACUGUUCCCGUCAUACUUUUCACCGGCCUUGUUGGGGCAAGUAUAUGGGGUAUUUGGGUCGGAAUGGUUGUAUACGGGUUUGGUAAUGGUAUAGGGGGAACAAGCACACUGGUUGCUCUGAGCUCCGGGAUUGGAGUCUCGAUUUCCGCAACAGUCAUACAGGCUCUUCUGAAAACAUACUUGUUUGAAAGGCUGCAUGGUAUCGGAGACGCCGAGGAGAUAGCUCGCAAAGUCAGGGAGAGCUUAAGCUAUAUUGACGAACUCUCUGACGCAGCACUCCGGGAGGCGGUAAGAAUGUGUUAUGGCUGGGCAGUCCAGGCCAGCUUCUGGCUCAUGGCGGUAUUUGUAUGUGGAGCACUUCUUGGAGCAAUCCUGAUUCGGGAGGCGAAGCUAGGGGAAUAA